UUUUGACAACCAGCUGCUCGGUUGUUAAGUUAGGGCUAACAGCACUGUUUUAGUUUCGAUAUUUGUUAGCUUCACAGUUAGCAUUAGCUCACGUUAAUAAAAGUGUCGGGUUGUCGAGCACCGCAGAGGACAAUGCACUGUAAAACAUCACAAAGCAAAAUCGAGCAUUAGUAAGGCCUGUGAGCCAGCUAGCAAUCAAGUUAGUUUGUUUAUUUCGCUACAGGCAGCGGUAGAUAAUUAGUAAAUUAGCCAGGCUGUUAGUUUGGAAGCUACGGAGCUAACAGGUUGUACCUCGGGUCGACGCAGGACAAAGGAGACAGAAUGGCUGAGGCUGACUGCAAAUCCACUGCGCUUAACGGUGGCUCUGAAGAAAAAGAACCUGAAGAAGAGCAAAAUAAGGAGGGAGAUGCCUCUGGAAGCAAAGAGGGACAAACUCAGUCUUCCUCUCUAGAUGCUCCCAGAGAAACAGUAGAGGCGUCUGGAGACAAGCCCAUGCCAGAUGCGGAAGCAGAGACUGAGGCAAAUAGAGAGGGAGAUGAGGAAGAAGACACAGACAGCAUGGAUGGCAGCGGUCUUUACUCCCUAACUGAGGAUGGGGAAAGAGAGAGUGAGGGAGGCAGACGGGAGAGAGCAAAGGAAAAAGAUGGUGGGAAAAGGGCAGCUAGAAAGAGGAAUAGACCUGGUGGCAGCACCAAUCACUCCACCAGCUCAGAUGAGGAUGACGAUGAGGAUGAAGAAGAAGAUGAACAGAAAGAUGAUGACGAAGACGAUGAUGAGGCUAUGGAGGCGUGGCUGGGAGCAGAGCUCCGUGACCUGCGUGGCCCUGAAUGGCGAGCAGUACCCUCUCUGCGCUCCAGGGAGAUCGGCAGGGACUCGCACCAGUUUGUGAGGCGCGUGUGUGGAGCCCGCGGUCUCGUGCAGAGGAUGGAGCUCCAGGGUCGCCUGGAGAGGCACACAGGCUGCGUCAACACUUUGCACUUCAACCCCUCGGGCACACGCCUGGCUUCAGGCAGCGAUGACCUGCGAGUGGUGAUCUGGGACUGGGCUGUCCGCCGUGCUGAACUGGAGUUUGACAGCGGCCACAAGAGCAAUGUCUUUCAGGCAAAGUUCCUGCCACACAGUGGAGACUCCACCUUGGCCAUGUGUGCUCGAGAUGGCCAGAUCAGAGUGGCUGAGCUCUCUGCCACACAGCGCUGCAAGAACACCAAGCGGGUAGCACAGCAUAAAGGUGCAGCACACAAGCUGGCCCUUGAGCCAGAUUCCCCCUGCUCCUUUCUGUCCGCUGGAGAGGAUGCUGUGGUGUUCGGUAUUGACCUGCGUCUAGACCGUCCUGCCAAUAAACUGGUGGUUGUAAAGGAGGGUGAUAAAAAAGUAGGGCUGUACACCAUCUUUGUCAACCCAGCAAAGACAAACCACUUUGCUGUGGGCGGAAGAGAUCAGUAUGUGAGGAUCUAUGACCAGAGGAAGAUUAAUGAGAAUGACAACAAUGGGGUUCUGAAAAAGUUUUGUCCUUCCCAUCUGGUAUCCAGUGAGUCCAAAACCAACAUAACCUGCCUUGUGUACAGUCACGAUGGCACAGAGCUCCUGGCCAGUUAUAACGACGAGGACAUCUAUCUGUUUGACUCCAACCACAGUGAUGGGGCUGACUAUCGCAGGAGAUACAAGGGACACCGCAAUAAUGCAACAGUGAAGGGUGUGAACUUCUAUGGGCCAUCCAGUGAGUUUGUGGUUAGUGGCAGUGACUGCGGACACAUCUACCUGUGGGACAAGUACUCUGCUCGCAUUGUCCAGUUUAUGGAGGGAGACAGAGGAGGAGUGGUGAACUGUUUGGAGCCGCAUCCCCAUCUGCCAGGUAUGGCCACCAGUGGGCUGGACCACGACAUCAAACUGUGGGCCCCCACAGCUGAAAGCCCCACAGGACUCAAGGGUCUCAAAGAGGUGAUGAAGAAGAACAAGCGGGAGCGCGAUGAGGACAGUGUGCGCCACGGUGACCAGUAUGACACCCAGCUGCUGUGGUUCCUGAUGAGACACAUGAGGAACAGAAGGCCUGCGAGGGCCCGCCGUGAAGGUGCAGACGCAGACACAGACGAGUCCUGGAGCUCUCCAGAUUCCUCUGAUGAAGAGGAAGGAGGUCCAGACCAUGUCCAGUGCAUGUCCUCCUGAGCCACACACAUACACACAUACACACAUACACACAUACAUACAUACUUUAUUGCCCUUGAAUUGAUGCACAUAGGCAAGCACUAUUGACACACUGGCACACUCAAACACUGACGAGCCACAGAUUAGAGGUUUUGUUUAAUUUUUUUUUUUAUUUUAUUUUUUUUUACACACAUACAAACUCAGACAGAUAAACACACACAUUUACUUAAACAUAGUGUUGAAGCAGAGUGACAGAGAUGCUUAAUGCCUGGUUUCCCAGCAGUUGUGAGUGUGCAAAUGGCAACUGCAGACAGUAUAAUUCUUCCAGAAUCCCGAUUAUUAUUUUUAUUUUUUUUUUGAAAAAGAAAUUGAGUGAGUGCUUACAUCCCUAUAAACCACUCGGAGGAUCCUGCUUAUCCAUACGUUAUCUAUACGCUAUGUGUAGCCCAAGAACAAUGUACUGUAUGACAACAAGCCCCUCCUCUUUAGGCACCAUGUAGGAAGCUACACAUCACCAGCACACAACCCCGCCCUGUCUUAGUAACACACCUCUUGCUGUCAACCUUUCUGUGCUGAUGACGAGGGGCUCAGCACGGAGGAAGGGCGCAGAAUCCGUUCCCUCAAACUAUCCCCUAUAUGUGACUUCCUAUUUAAGAUUUGAACUUGUAGAGGGAAACCCCGGCGCCCCUCACUGCAUUGCCUAAGUCUUGUACUGAUUUCUGGCCCUGAGCUUGUGCAGAUAGUUAUAUUUAUCACAGGUUUUCUCUCUGAGGACUACUAAAUCUUUACGUGCUGCCCUCAACUACUCCCUCCCCUCCCCCUUCCAUCACCCUCCCCUACACUACCGCGUGCACUUUGAAUCAGGGAUGCUUUAGUUUGAGACAGACAAAACAUGCACUGAAUGUGUGAUUUUUGGGGGAAGAGCUGUUGUCUUGUAUCGCUCAUUGGAAAUCCCACAGUGCAUUUUAGUGUAUUUCUUUAAGUUUUUUGAUUGGGGAGAUAUUUUGCACUUAUCCAUUUAUGGACAAAGGAAGAGGUUUCUUUUGGUUCCACCAGCCCUUCCUCCUCCAUUUCUUCCUCCCUCGCUCUCCAUCCUGACACCUGUUUUUGACAGGAUGUCUUCAGUUCACCUGUCCUAGUGAACGUGAAAGUACAGAGGUAGAUGGUGUUCAACUUGUGCAUAGGAUGUAAUGACUGAUGUUAGGCUCUGUAAUUUUGAAAAGCCAGAACCGACCUGGAUCAAAACCCUAGUGAAAGACUGCCUAUGUGCCAAUUGAAAUUGGAUUAAUAAAGGACUCCACUUGUCCAUGUGGUUCCUUUUUAAAAUUCUUGUGCGAUGCGAACAGUCUCAAAUCAAUUGCUGAGUAACAUUUUUCAGACAAACAUUUGAACCAGGUCGUGUGUUUGCAGCCAGCACACCACUUGUGAAGAAACGUCUGUCUGUGCUGUAUUGACAUUGGCUCAAAGAGUAGGAUGGGGGGGUGGGGGGGGUCAAUAUGCUUGCCAGUCAUUUGUUGUGUGAGAGCGAUAAAGUCCAGCUUUUCUCAUUUUCUAUGAGAACUCUAGUUAGUUGAAUUUAUAUGUACAUAUAUAAAUAUAUAUUAAAACUGUAAAAAAAAAAAAAAUCAACUUCAGCAAAUGCUGUUUGACUUAAAAAAAAAAAGAUGUCAAAAUAUUUGAUUGGUAUUGAUGCAGAGGUUUAUAUUCUAUAUGAGGACAAAGUACUUUUAAAAUCCAGAGAAAAAAAAAGUUGACAUGAGGCACCAUUUUUUGUUGAGUUUUUCCUUUUAUGAAUGACAUCCCUCUGUUAUGAACUGUCAUUUCAGGUAUACUAGUUUUGAUUCUCUUUCUUGUUCAAGGAAAAAAAAAAACUGUGUUUCCUUUCUAGAUCUUAAUCCAUCAUUUGAGACAGUUAUAUCCAGAUUUUCCCACUGGCUAUUUUGGCAUCUUGUAUAAAUAAGGCUUUUGAUGAACAACUUUUUUCCCCCACCACUGCCUAAUAUUGUGUUCUACAGUUCAGUUGGAAAUAUGUACGAUUCGUGCAAUAAACAAAAAGACAGUGCUCUUGA